AACGCAAUGCAUGCACCGGCCGGAUCCACGCCAUGGAUCACUUAACCUCUCGACAAAGUCAAAGGGCCCGGGCAUCAUCUUUAAAUAGCUAGGCCACGCCCUCCGUCACUAAUCACUCCAAAGCAGUUACUUACCUACUACUCCAGAUCGAAGCUCGUCUACAGCUGACAUCCAGUCGUCUACAGGGGUUCAUCGAUCCAGGUUCAUCGCAGAAAGGAAUCGGCCGGCCAUGGAUCUCGACCUGCCCAGCUGCUGCGAGAGUGAUACGUUGUUCAAGUUCGCGGUGUUCGUCCUGGUGCAGGCGCUGGUGUACCUCAUCCUGUCCCAGUCCUCCGACGUCUUCUCCGGCACCAGGAGCCUCAGCUUUCGUCGCCCGGCGAGGUCUGCCAGCCUCCGCCGCAUGGUCACGCAGCUGCUCACGGAGAUGCCGGCGGCGGCGGGUGGCGAGCCGUCGUCUCCGGCAGCCAGGCAGCGGGACGGGGGAUCGAGCGGCGGCGACGUGGACGUUGACCUCGAGAUAGAGCUUAUGUUAAUUGGUUGCUCGUUCUCAUCGUGAACUUUUUUUACUUGGGUGUGGGAUUCUUAGGAUGUAAUGUAAUCUCUAGGCCUAAAUGGCCAGUUAGUAGCGCGCCGAUUCUCACG